CUUCCGUACAGCCGGCCGUCCAGCCGUGGAGCCCAGAGCUUGGGACCGGGGGAACUUCAGCAGCAUCGAUACCACCCGCCACCGGAGGCGUUCGAGCAGCAGGACCCGCUCUUCCCGGCCACGCCCGAGCCAACUCCGGUGCAGGAACAGCCCCCUUCUUCUCCGCAGGAGAACGGCGGAGGAAACGGCGAUCCGUUCCCGCUGCUACAGCAGCAGCAGCUCCUCGAGCAGAAGCAGCAGCAGGGCGCGCUGCCCGAGCCCCCACGUGACUACACGGAGACGAGCCGUUCGUCGUGGUCCAGCAGCAGCAGCAUGUGGGACCUGAACGGGGGCGACGAGCGCCGCUAUUCGGUGCCGCCGUCCACGCUCUCCGAGCCGGCCACCGCCAGGACGUACAAGACCAGCGAGGACCUGCACGCGUGGAGCAUCUACAGGCAGAACCUCAACUCCGACUUCACCGACUCGGCUCUCGGGACGUCCGAGAAGUCGCAGCCGCCGUUCGGCAACUUCCAGCUGCGCGAAUCCACGGUGCACACCAUCCUCAACCACCCGAAGUACGGCCCCAAGGAGCGCAGCUCCGAGCUCGGCGUCAACGUCAACACCUACCUCAGGUUCGGCCUGCCUCGGGUGCUGCCGCCGCACCCGAGCUCGUGUCUGGGCAUCAGCGAGCGACCUUCGGGCGUCGUCACCGCCGCGCCGGCCCAGGGUCGCGAGAACUCGAGCGGCUACGACUCGAGCGACGACGACCACCACCAGCUGCAGGGCCGGCUGGCCAACCCGAAGAGGGCCCGCAGCGACCCGGACUUCCGCAACAGCCACGACCUGGUCAGCACCGAGCCGUCGGGCGUGGCGUCGGCGAUAUCCGCCUACGAGCGGCACCGCAAGCAGAACCACCGGCUCAAGGCCAACAGCGAGGCCGACCUGAUCGCGGGCGAGGACGAACGGCGCUGGGACGUCAUCCCCAGGCCCAGCACGGCGUCCACCACCACCGCCGCCGCCGCCGCGGCGCCGGGCUCCACGCACAAGGGUCCUCCGAGCCGAGCCGACUCCCGCAUGGCUGGUGACCGUCGCAGCGUGGCCGGAUCGCACGUCUCGAUGGGUUCCCGGGCGACCUCUCAGAAGCAGGGGCUCAUCCGGUCCUCGCUCUUCCCUCGAGACUCGCUCUAUUCCAGUCUGCCUGGCGGGGAGACGGACGUGUCUCUCGUCAAGCACCCGCACUUGCAGGUGCGAGACCUGACGUUCGAGCUGGACCGCUCCAGCCUGGGUCAGCGGCUGUGCGGUGGACCACGCACCAAGCUGCUCCUGCUCGAGGGACUGUCGUUCGAAGUCCGCGGUGGGGAGAUCCUCGCCAUCAUCGCCACGUCCGAGCAAGAAGGUUCCGCCCUGCUGGAUAUCCUGGCCAACCGGCACCCAAAGUGGGGUAGCCGGCUGCGCGGUGACAUCAUGUUCAACGGACUGUUCAUGCCACCGGCAAGGCUGGAGCACUGUGUCGCCUACGUUGCUCGCAACUGGCACCUGUGGCCCGACAUGAGCGUGCGGCAGUGGAUGCUGUUCACCUCGCUGCUCCAGGAGCCAGGUGGACCUGGAAGGGAUACCAAGGCCAGAAUCAACGCUCUUCUCGAAGACCUCGGCCUUGGCCAGCUGAAGCACACACGAAUCCGAGACCUCACCGAAUCCGAAGCCAGGCGACUCAACGUUGGCUCUCAGCUACUUCUCGACACUGAUGUGGUAUUGCUAGACCAGCCCAUCUCUGGCAUGGACAUCCUCGACAGCUUCUUCCUCAUCGACUAUGUCCGACAGUGGGCCGCCAGGGGUCGCAUUGUCAUCAUGACCAUCCACCCGCCCACCUACGAGAUCUUUACAAUGAUGACACGAGUGGCCAUCAUAUCGACGGGUCGCAUGGUGUACCAUGGCAAGCGACGUGACCUGCUCCCCUACUUCUCCUACAUUGACUUCCCUUGCCCGGCUUUCAAGAACCCCUCCGACUACUACCUCGACCUGGUGACGCUGGACAACCUGUCUCCAGAGGCGAUGCUCGAGUCCAGCCAGCGAGUCGAGAACCUGGUCGAGGUGUUCCGGCGCCGACAAGUGGCGCUCUCCGAUCCGGGUCCCCCGGGCAAUGCGCCCAUGGAUGUCUACAGGGCGGGAUUCUUUGGACAGAUGCUGGCCCUCUGGAUACGGGCACUGAUCUACACUUUCCCAUACAACGUGGUACACUUCUUUCGUCGUCUGUUCCUUGCCGCCUUCAUCUCCGUUCUUCUGGGAGCCAUCUUCUGGAAUGUAAGGGCAGGGCUCGACCAGGAGCACGUCUUGGAUCGGCUCGGCUUUCACUAUGCUCUCCUUGGCCUCUGCCUCUGGCCACUUCUACUUGGUGAUAUCACAGACGUUUGGCGAGAAAAGGUGUAUGUGUCACGAGAUAUCAACGAAAGGUUGUACAAUGGCAUUGCAUACAUCAUAUCAAAGCUCACGUACAGCCUUCCGACAGCUGCGGCCAUAGCGGCAGCGUACGUGUUUCCCGCCUACUCCAUGACGGGUCUGCCUCAGCGCGAGGAGACGCGCAACUUUGGCCCCUACAUGGGCUACACGCUGCUCUACCUGCUGACCGCGCGGGCCAUCGCCAUGACAUCGGCAUGGACCUUUCCAACCCGGCAGCGUGCGGCCGCCUUUCUGGGCCUGGUGAUGCUGGUGUUCUGCCUGAGCGGCGGCUACGCUGUCCACCUCAUGGACCUGUCUCUGGUCACCUCGUGGCUGCAGUGGGUGUCUCCGCUGCGCUGGACACUCGAGCAGCUCGCCAUGGUCGAGUUUGCCGGUGGGGCGACGCCCAUGUACGACUGCCCCCGGGGUCCGGUGGUCCUACAGGAGAAUGGCAUCCAGGUCAAAGCGAUAUGCGGCAUCGUGACGGAUAAUCAUGCCCUAGCCCUGUUCGGCUUGCACCGCGAGUGGCCCACUGCGCAGCCCAUCCUGAUCGUGCUUGCCGUUCAUGCUGUGUUCGCCAUCGCGUCGAUAAUCUACAUCGCACUGAAGAUGAGGGGCCCUGGAGCCUCCCCAGAUGCCGACAAGACGCGGUGAAGUGCAGCAUUGACACAAGAACCCCUCCUAUGAACUAGUUCACUUGCCUGCAUCGACUAUGAAUAGUGCCCGGUGCCGCGACGUCGAAAUGCUUUUCUCUGGACUGUGUGGCAUCCUAUAGUGCAAUCUUUUUUCGGAAUACUGAUCAUGACAAGGAGCUGGCACCAUUCACAUGGGCUUUGCGAGUCAAGUUUGCUCAUUGCAGUGGGCACGAAGAAGAGACAAAAUGACAGACCGCUUUAUCCAUGCUAGCUGGAACAAAGUGGCACAUCUAACGUGGAUACCAUGUGCAGAUGAGAACAGUGACACUCCUAUGUGGCAGUAAGACUGUUCUCUAUGCCACAAAUUUGAACACAGCUGCCUUUGCCAUCCAUCGGCAUCCUCUGCAUCAGCUGUCAUCAACUGCUAACCAACGACUCCAACAGACUUUGCUGCUUUACGUGAGCUGUGCCGCUUGUCACAACACUUCAGGCUGAAGUUUUAUAACGGUGCAUGAAGUGCUUUUGAAGCUUUAUCAUGUUCAGCUUUGCAGUCUUCCACCCAACAGCGCACGCUGUGUUGCAGCAAUCUCACUUUACAGUUAAACCAAGGAUGAUAUUUUUGGCGUGCUUAAUGCUUCAGACUUACCAUCUUCCGCAAGAAGCCUCAGCUUACGCUGUGAAGUCCAUCAGUUCAAUGGCAUGUGUGCGUUUCUUCUACCUCUACUGGAUUUUCUCUUUGACGUCCAGUCAGAUCCUGCGGCGUGCAGAACGUAUCUUGUUCUUCAAGAACUUGCAGCCGUCCAUCCAAUGCCACACCAGAGCCUGCAGUUUACCAGAGCAACUGGUAAACGACAUCACAGUCUACCAAGUGAAAGAAAAGAAAAAACAAGCUUCGCGGGACUUAGUUGCUCUACCACAAAGUCACAUUCAGACCAGGGUGUCUCCCAGAAUAUGGAUGUUAUACACCUGCGUGUGUUUGUUGUUUAAUGGUACCGCUACAAUUUUUGCAUGCUAGGAUAACUUGUUCACUGAAGUAGAUAUGUACUCAGGUUGCCAUCCUUUCUUUUCCCAAACACGAGACAUCUAGCACGUCAGUGUAUGCAUAACCUGUCACUAUCUGCUUCCGCUUCCAGCGGGAUGUGCUCAUAUGUAUGUAAAAGACCAAGGGCAAGUUUUCCUGCACAGUACUGUUUGAUACAAAAGCAGUUAAUAUAGUCUUCCACGCUGGUGGUCGAUAUAAACUGAAAGCAGUAGAAAUAAAGAGACAGUAAUCGCAAGAAGUUUUUGAAGCUCUCUCACAACAUGCAAUUCCAUCACUGUUAAUACGUCGCUAAGUUUUACUUUCUUGGAACUAUUCACUGCUCAGUUUCAAGCCAGUCAUGCAGUGUUUAGGUUAUUCAGAAAUUUUAUUGUGAUUUUGUGCAUGCAGAGUUACAAUGUAGCUUUGUAACCAACUAGUGCGAAGGUGCGGCAUUGCUACUUCACGAUGCCACAGCUGUAACAUGCAGUAGUUCAAUUAUUAGAAUGAAUACAUUGAAAAACCUAGAUCUCUCUUGGCAAGUCUGUUCGGCAGCAUCAAGUUUGUGUCAGUCAGUGCUGAGUUUUUGCAAAGUCUUAAUGAUACUGGAAGGUCACAUGACAAAGUAAUAAAGUGAGGCACACCAGAAAAUCAGAGUCGUGAUAACAUUCCAAAGCUAUUCUUUUUCACACUUAAUAAGUGGUUUGAGUGGCACUCUGUCAAGUUGUGACUAAAUAAGGCUUUCUAUGAAGGGUCGGUAAUAAUAAAGAAAUAGAGUCAGGUGAAAUAAAAUUUUACAUCAGACCAGCUCAGAUCUCCAAUCAAUAGCUUCUGAACUUUGAGAAAAGAAGAACAGAUAAUAGCUAGAAUUUGGGUAGCUUAACUGAGCACCCCGUAACUAAAAGCAUUACGCUACGAGCUACUCCAGCAGUUACUGGGCUACACGCUUUCACUUGAGUGCCGCCUACACGUUGGCCCUGACACAAUUUUUUACACACCCUGGCACAUCAGUUAUUGUUUUCAGUCAUCUGUGAUAGUCAUGGACAAUUCGACACAAAUAUGUCUAUGCCUUUCCAACCAAGAACAACCAACCUUUAGCAGAGGGAUUUGUAGCAAUUCAUCAUUCAUACACAAUCAUGUCGAGCCUACCACUAAAGUAAAGCAUGAGCAAUGCAUAAACCUCUUGUUCUUCUUCCUCGGCCUUCGUCCAGUUCAGUUGUAGUGUUGCCUUGUCUAGAUUGCAGUCUACAUUUUUCUCGGUCAUGGGGUUGACCGGGGUCCUGCAUCAAUUUCAUAUGCGAGUAGACUGCUUCAUUUUGUAGUUAUUUUUUUAGCCACAAACCAAACAUCUCUGACUUCUGUUAUGUCAAGGUGCUUUCAGGUCAUGCGACAUUUCGCUGGUGCUGCUCACUUACUUUCCGCUUCUCAUCUGCACAUGUUAUGGGCAUUGAAGAGUGCCUUCACAUGAGCAUAGACAUUUUUCCCAGUCACCCAGAUGCCACCAUGUUUGCUGCCUCACAACAGUGUGUUGUCAUACAGUCGGGCCUCAACAUAACAAACACGUUUACAACAGAUUUUCAGAUACCAAGAGUUGUUGGAUACAAUUAAAUAAAUUUAAAACGUGGCUGGUCAGCUUAUAUGAAUGGGUUUUCCCACUGCUAUAAACAAAGCCUGAAAUACAAGUUUCAUUAGCAGUACCAUUUAGAGAAAAAGAGAUAAUUUACCUGCAGCUCAGAACAUGUAUUCUGGUAGUAGCAACAAUUCCAAAUGAUUCGCAAGAGACUUGCAGUGGCAGUAAUCGGUUUACAGUGCUCAUAGAUAGCAUCACGUUAUUCCUUCGUUUACAUAGAUUCACUCACAAUUCUUUUUCUGUUGUUAUCAGUGUGUGUACUUUUAUUUUGAAUUUAAGAGAUAACGAAGGUGUCUUUGUGUUUGAUGUGACUUCAUUAUAACGAGGCUGAACUGUGUUUGUGUGUGCACCAACAUGCUUACGUAAAAGUGUACCGAAGAUUUUAACAAUGUUCCUUCGGAGGUGUCAGCAAAGCUGUAGAUUGUCAGUGUUAUAAACAAACCACCAUACUAUAAGCGACGUACGACAACACAGAGCCAAGGUAACUUUGAACUAAACUAAAAAAAAAUCACGCAAGUGUGUUCAUAGUACUAUGUCACUUUGUCAUUACAAUUUAACACUGCCAUGUACACCGACAUUUGCCGAGUGUUCCUUUCACACUCUGAAAUUGAGUAACAGCUUGUUUAAAGGUAGUCCCACUAGGGCUCUAUCUGUGGCAUGUAUAAAACAGUUGAAUAGGGUACUUUCUCAUAACUUUAUACGUAUAGUGAUAACCACCGAGUGUGUUGUUUUUCUAUGCAAUUGUUUUCUGUGCAUGUGUGCUAUUAUUUUCUUCGUCAUUAACAUAACACCAACAAAAUAAAGCCGGUGAUUGAUGGAAAGAAGAGGAGCCAGCGUAAUUAUUCUGAGUUUUCUUUGUAGUGAGAAUUUUUUUGUCGUCUUUCUUUUUUGGCUGGAAUUGUCAGACUGUACCUGCGCGACCGUUCAAGACAAGCUCGUCUAUGAAAAGCAAUUGUGGUCAUUGUUUGAUGAGUAUGUAUGCUGCUCAAAUUGUGCACGGUGUGUUUUUGUAUCAUAGCUGUAUUGACUUACAAAGUAUGGAUAAGUGCGUGUGUUUAGAAAAUACUCUAAUGGUGUUCAUUAGUGGGUCUUAGUUUGCAAGUUGCAACCAAGAUUGUGAUGUUAGAAGAUUCCCUAAAAGACUUUUUCUUUCUGCAGGUGCAGUUUUAAUCUUGUAAUUUUUAACAGAAGCAAUUAUGCUACAAAAAAAAAAGUUUUUUUUUUAAACUACUCAUUCAAGUGUUUUUAUAUUGUAGGUGCCUGAAUUCCAGUCGCCACCAUUAAUUUGUUUCUCUUUUGCACCUUGAACUAAUGUAAAAACCUACUUCAAUUGGCCAUUUACUGCUCUAAGUCCCUGAUAUACAUUUAGUGUAACAUAGUGUUGAAAUUUUCGUGUUAUAUGCCUGUCAUUGUUUCUUUUCCCAAGCUUGAAAAGCUUUCCCCAUGGAAUGGUUAUACUUAUCUCUCGCACACAUUUAUGUGCCAAACACACGCACAUCAAGAAUAAAAUGCAGGAGAACUUUUGUGCUCUUUCAAGUUUUCUGUCUCUCCAGCUUUCUGAAAAAGACUCCUUUGCUGUGACACAAGACAAAAUAAAAGUGUAACAUGCCAUCAUGAACUGACAAACUUGUACAUAUGUGGUGACUGUGUCUGUUUCACAUGUUAUGACAAUCAGUACACUGUUCUCUUGUAAAUAAAGGUUUCUUAAUUA